UACUGAAAUAUCUGACAAGAACAGAAAUACAUGAAGUAUGGCGAUGAAGAAAUCUUUUAAUAACAGAACCAAGGAGUCUAACUCUGAAAAAUCAAGCAUUUUCUCAGAUUCAUAUAUGUUCUCAAAACAGAUCGUAAACACAAACCUCCCACGUUUUUCAUGUUCUGAAUGUGAAAAAUGUUUUAGUAGUAAACAAACUCUCGUUAAACAUCACAGAACUCACACAGGAGAGAAUCUGUUCUCGUGUUCUGAAUGUGGAAAAUGUUUUGACAAUAAAACAGCGCUUGUGCGUCAUCAGAGAACACACACAGGAGAGAAACCGUUCUCAUGUUCAGAAUGUGGAAAAUGUUUUAGCUGUAAAGAAAAUCUUGUUAGACAUCAGAUAACAUAUGCAGGAGAGAAACCAUUCUCAUGUUCUGAAUGUGGAAAAUGUUUUGUCACUAAAGGAGAGCUUGUUCGUCAUCAGAAAACUCACACAGGAGAGAAACCGUUCUCAUGUUCAGAAUGUGGAAAAUGUUUUAGCUGUAAAGAAAAUCUUGUUAGACAUCAGAGAACUCAUACAGGAGAGAAACCGUUCUCAUGUUCUGAAUGUGGAAAAUGUUUUGUCAAUAAAGCAGUGCUUGUGCGUCAUCAGAGAACACACACAGGAGAGAAACCGUUCUCAUGUUCUGAAUGUGGAAAAUGUUUUGCCACUAAAGGAGAGCUUGUUCGUCAUCAGAGAACUCACACAGGAGAGAGACCGUUCUCAUGUUCUGAAUGUGGAAAAUGUUUUGCCACUAAAGGAGAGCUUGUUCGUCAUCAGAGAACUCACACAGGAGAGAGACCAUUCUCAUGUUCAGAAUGUGGAAAAUGUUUUAGCUGUAAAGAAAAUCUUGUAAGACAUCAGAGAACACAUGUAGGAGAGAAACCGUUCUCCUGUUCAGAAUGUGGAAAAUGUUUUAGCUGUAAAGAAAAUCUUGUUAGACAUCAGAGAACUCAUGCAGGAGAGAUACUGUUCUCAUGUUCUGAAUGUGGAAAAUGUUUUGUCACUAAACCAGUGCUUGUGCGUCAUCAGAGAACACACACAGGAGAGAAACCGUUCUCAUGUUCUGAAUGUGGAAAAUGUUUUGUUAAUAAAGCAGUGCUUGUGCGUCAUCAGAGAACACACACAGGAGAAAAAACGUUCUCAUGUUCUGAAUGUGGAAAAUGUUUUGACACGAAAGCAGAGCUUGUUCAUCAUCAGAGAACUCACACAGGAGAGAAUCUGUUCUCAUGUUCAGAAUGUGGAAAAUGUUUUGUCAAUAAAACAGCGCUUGUGCGUCAUCAGAGAACUCACACAGGAGAGAAACUGUUCUCAUGUUCUGAAUGUGGAAAAUGUUUUAGCUGUAAAGAAAAUCUUGUUAGACAUCAGAGAACACACACAGGAGAGAAACUGUUCUCAUGUUCUGAAUGUGGAAAAUGUUUUGUCACUAAAGCAGAGCUUGUGCGUCAUCAGAGAACACACACAGGAGAGAAACUAUUAUUAUGUUCAGAAUGUGGAAAAUGUUUUGUCACUAAAGCAGAGCUUGUGCGUCAUCAGAGAACACACACAGGAGAGAAACCGUUUUCAUGUUCCGAAUGUGGAAAAUGUUUUGUCACUAAAGCAGAGCUUGUUCGUCAUCAGAGAACUCACACCGGAGAGAAUCCUUUCUCAUGUUCUGAAUGUGGAAAAUGUUUUCGUAGAAAAGAAACACUUGUUAUACAUCAGAGAACUCACACAGGAGAGAAACCAUUUGCUUGUUCUGAAUGUGGAAAAUGUUUUCGUAGUAAAACAACUCUUGUUACACAUCAUAGAAUUCACACAGGAGAGAAACCGUUCUCAUGUUCUGAAUGUAGAAAAUGUUAUAGGCAAUACUCACAACUUGUUGCACAUCAGAGAACUCACACAGGAGAGAAACCUUUCUCAUGUUCUAAAUGUGAAAAAGGUUUUAGGGUUUGCUCAAAUCUUGUUAUACAUUAG